AUGGCUACUCUUAUCAAACGCUCACUCCUGGCUUCAGUACUAGCUACAACAUGCUUCACACAAAAUACAUCCGAAUCAGGAUCUCAGUCCUUGACAUGUGACGACGUCUCCGAAAGCCUCGCAUACAAUGCUUCCGUCAUCCAAAAUACGACGGCCCUGAACAUCGUCUGGCUGGGAGCCAACGAACACGUAAUGAUUACCGAAGACGACCGUACCACUUGGCAGAUCUCGUCCUACAUUGGGCCUGGAUAUAACGGUGGUAUGGCGGAGUACGGUGAAAACGACACUCAAGCUGUUCUAUGGCUUGAAACUGGAGAUUCGAAUAUGGAGCGUUUGGGCGAUCUAAUGGGCUUGUGCCACAACUAUGUUCCGUUGCAGAACCGCACCACUGGAAAUUUGACGUGGAGUAGAGAGGUAUUGGAGAGGGCGCAAGACGAUGAUGGGGAUUGCAGGACGAUGUUGGGAACAGAGUGCGUAGAGGCGCUCCAAUCGUGGUAUCAAAACCAAGGACAGUCUAUAUGGACUACUGGCCAGUCUCCGGCCUGCUCCUCUAUUGAGCAUGCCAUACCCUCCGAGUGUGAGGGUAUGCUGUCUGAGGCUGUGACAAUGGACGUUGUCCGUCUCAACACUUCUGCUGAAGACCGCAUCUGGAAAUGGGACCAGGCCAUUAACAUAACCUCGUUCUCGGACAAUGUCACCGUGCCUACUUGCGGCGACCGGAACCUUAGCAGCAGCUGGGGCAACAGGAUCUAUCAAACGACCGACUACGACGUGGCGUUCAACUUCCCCAUUGUAGAUAUCAUGACUUUUUACCCUACAGUACCCCUCACCAGUAGAUUUCUUGGCCGGGAAGGCCAUGCAAAGGUUGUGUGUCUAAAGCCUGAAAAUGUGCAGGAGGGAAGUCGGGCUCCGAGGACGGCGAAAGAGGUGCUUGAUGAGAACUACGGUCCACAGGAUAAUGAGUCCGGUGCCGAGAGAGCCUUUGGAUGGGGCGGUAAGGCUGCGCUGGCGUCGGCGGCUGGUAUAGUGGUAGGAGUCUGGUUAGGACUGUGA